AUGUUCCAUCUACGACUUAUAAGUGCAAUCUGCAUAUUCGCUGUGUUCCAACAUGUUGUGGCCGACGCAGUGUCAGAAGAAUGCCGAACGACCUACAACAACGAACUAAGCAACGACUUUUUAGAAGGCGUUUGGUACGAAGUCGCAAAAUAUGCUUACUUCGGCUUGUUGCCUUCUACCUCAUGCGGGAAUAAUACAAUCUAUAAAGCUACCGACGAGAGACUAGCAGCUUUUGAAUUAGCAUACGGUGUUACGAUAUCACGAGAAGAUAACCCUGUGCUUAUAAACUACUCAGAGUAUUCGCUAAAUCUGCUCACUGGGAACAUCGAAGCUAAGGAUCAUUAUACACAGCCUGGGUUCGCUCUAACGCAGGCGGUAUGGAACUACAGGCGGCUGACUGACGAUUUCAUUAUGGUGUGGCAGUGCGCUCUGCGCGGUACGACCAUCUGGGUACAUUCGCGUAUAAACCAUCCGAGUGAUGAGGAGAUAGCGGCGGCGACCACUGACGUUCCUGAGUUGUCGCGGAUGGUGAUUCAAAGGUAUUGCUGGGCUUGAAAAAUGGAAAGACGACGGGCAUUUAA